AUGGCUGUUACAAAAUCUCAAAAGCUGGCUCUACAUGAACAAAGUGAAGUCCUGAGGGCUGAUAGGUCUUGGAGAUAUAUGAUUGCCGAGGACAGACAUGACUCUGAGGCAUCUCGGCAGAAGUUCAGACAUUUCCAGUACUCAGAUGUGUCUGAACCCCACAAAGCCCUAAGCCAACUCUGGGAUCUUUGUGUUUCGUGGCUGAGACCAGAGGUUCAUACGAAGGAUCAGAUACUACAUCUGCUGGUGCUGGAACAGCUCGUAGAAAGCCUCCCAGAGAAGGUCAGAACUUGGGUGUAUUCACAGCACCCUGAAAACAGCAAUGAUAUGAUGACCCUCAUAGAGAAUGUGGUUGAAAUACUCCAUGACCCAGAUACACCGUGCAAACACUCUGCCCUUCAGGAUGGAAGCACGGAGAAGGAGCGCUCAGAAGCUCAGCCACAAACACACGAACUCCAGGAACCAGUGACUUUCAAUGAUGUGCUUGUGGAAUUCAGUGAGGAAGAGUGGGGACAGCUGGACUGUGCUGGAAAGAAACUGUUCAGGGAUGUGAUGCUGGAGAACUAUCGGAACGUGUCCGAAGUGCAGAAAGCUGGUGUGUUAUCCAGAUCAGUUGAAAACCUCAGCUGGGAAAGUAAGAAAAGAAGGAUUGAGGAAGAAAUCCUUGAAAAGGUCAUUUUGUGUAACAAUAAAUCAACCAACAUUGACUAUGUAUCAAUAUUUAGCACCAAUCUGCUGUGGCCUAAGCACUGUGGAUUUCUGUGGUCACAAUAUAGACAAAUGAUUCAACCCAAAAAAAGGCAAAUUACAAAAGGUUCCUAUAAAUGUCCCCGUUGUGAAAAAACCUUCAGCCGAACCUCAUCUCUCAUUCGACAUGAGACUAUUCACACUGGAGAGAAACCAUACAAGUGUAACAAGUGUGGGAAAUUCUUCAACAGACGUGCCAACCUCAAGACUCACCAGAAGAUUCACACUGAAGCCAGGGAUCAUGAAGAUGAUAAUGCGGAAAAGCCUUCCACAAGUCUAUCGCGUGAUUGUGAUUCAGCAAAAAAGAGCUAUGUGUGCACUUACUGUAAAAAGUCCUUCACCCGCAGUUCUUCCCUCCGUCGACAUAAGAAGGUCCACAUCAGAAAGAAACCACCAACGGCUGAAGUCUCUGCGUAA